AUGUUGGUUGUGGUAAGUGGUGCUCAGUACAAUGGUGUCGAGCGGGUGGUAGAUAUAUUAGUAGAUGGGUUUGGGUUUGAAAGGCUUAGUGCUGUAGAUGAUCAUGAAUUGCUGUUGGAAUACGUGACCAAGAAUUAUACGCGAAACCUUGUGCUGCAUUGUGACGACUUGGAGCUGUAUUUGAAGCUAGAGAAAAGGCCGUUCUUGAUCCACAUCUCCAUUGAGGCGCCUCUAGCACUUAGGUUACAAUUAUCUGGAUUGACACCAGAAGAAUUUAUCAAUGUAGCCGAUCUGGAUCAUUUCAAAGACGAUAAGAUAAGAUUGGUUGAGAGGGCUCACUUGAAGUUCAAGCUUGUGGACUGCGAUUUGUCUACUCUGGAUAACCGAUUGAAAGAGAACAUUGAAAACCAAUUGCGGGUGCUACAGAGUCAGGACUCUCUAACAUUGGUAAAUCCGCCUUUGAGACCCGAUUGGGAUACAUACUUCAUGAAACUGGCAACCUUGGCUGCCUCUCGUUCAAAUUGUAUGAAGAGGCGUGUCGGUUGUGUUAUUGUGCGUGAGUGUAGAGUUAUAGCUACAGGAUACAACGGUACUCCUCGUCAUUUGACGAAUUGUUUCCAUGGUGGUUGUCCUAGAUGUAACGAUGGUGAUUCAAAGAACCUGCAUACAUGUCUAUGUCUUCACGCCGAGGAAAACGCACUACUGGAAGCCGGGAGGGACAGAGUGGGACAAAAUGCCACAUUAUAUUGUGAUACGUGCCCAUGUUUGACAUGUUCUGUUAAGAUUGUUCAAACCGGUAUCACUGAGGUAGUGUAUAGUCAAACGUAUAGAAUGGAUGAUGCAAGUUUCAAGGUGUUACGCGAAGCAGGUAUUAAGGUAAGACAAUUUAGCUUCAGAGAGGAGCCUUUGUUGGUGUUUGUCUAA